UUUUAAAAUUCUCACCUUAAAAUGGCAGCGCUCAUAAGGUGUGGAAUACAAAUAAACCGAAAUAUUGGACAUAUAUUAAAAAACAAUGUCAAACAGAUGCAAUGUUUAAAAACAAAGGAGCAGCUAUGCCGAAACUUUCAACGAUUUGCUGCCAGCCUUGCUGAAAGCAGAAAAGAAAAAAUGAUGAUUCAAGUGCAUAAAAAAAUUGAUUACAAUUUAGGAGUUUCAAGUGAUCUUUUUAAAUCAGUUUAUUCUUCCUUGGAAAAUAUGGAUUCUGUAACAGAGCACGAUGUUGGUUUGUUGCUAUUUAUUUGUAACAUCGGUCCAUUUGAUGCCCCCACUGAGAAAAGAUUAGCUUUAGUAGAUGAAAUCUGGAGUAAGCUAGAUGAAUUAGGUAUAAAACCAACAGCAAAGUUGUACAAUGGAAAACUAAGGACAUACAUUUCCAACAAAAAGUUGUUUGAUCCCCUGCAGGAACUAAUGAACAUGAAAGCCUUAGGUAUUAAUCCAGACAAGAUAACAUAUGGCCUGCUUGUUGAAGGUUUUUGUCAGAAAGGUGACAUUGCAGGAGCUCACACUGUGUUACAAGCUAUGCAAGCUGCAGAACUACCUCUUAGUGUCCACAAUUUUAAUUCUUUCAUUACGGGUCAUCUCAUAGCAGGCUCAUAUGAAGAAGCAACAAAAGUUUUAGAUAUUUUAAGAAAUCAAGGUUUACUCCCAAAUUCAGACACUUUUUUAAGAUUUGCACAAUAUUAUGCUGAAAAGGGUGAUUUUGACUCAGUUAUGAAGUACAUUAAUGAAGCUUACAAUCUUGGAGUCCCAUUAGAUCAAAAUAUGUUGCUUGAUCUCUACAGACUGAUGGUUAUAUCGGGACACUCAAGCAGCGCUGAACAAAUGCUGAAAUUCAUAUCUGAAAGAGGGCUUUUUAAUAGCCUAUCCAUACAAAAAUCCUGUCAGUUGAUGGCAGAAGGUUUUAUUGAUGCUGCUUUUCAAAUUUUUAUGACUACUCCUAAUGUUGAAGAAGGCAAACUUAUGUCAAAUACUGGAAAUUUUCUUUUGAAAGCAAUGAUAAUUAAUGGUCAGAGUGCUCAAGAGAUCAUGAAUAUUGCUGAUAGGAUAGUUGAAAUUGCACCAAAAGCAUUAAGUCACAGAAAUACUUUGCUUUAUGCCUAUAGAGAUGGACGUACAGAUCUUGCAAUGGAUUUUUUGGACAUAAUGCGCUCUAAAAAUUAUCAAAUAAAACCAGCCUACCCUCUUCCAGCCAUCUGUGGUUUCAAGAAACAAAAUAACAAAGAAGGUGUGUUGAAAGCUGUACAGAUGCUGCUAGACAUAGAGAUAAAUGAGGAUAAAAUGGAGAAUUUAGUGAGUUGUGCUUAUCCUGCCCUCAUCGAAAUCGGCAUGACUAAUGAUGAAAUUUUGUCUACUUAUAAGAACCAUGAAAAACUACUGAAGAGUACUUUUAUUUCCUACAACAUUGUACACAAAGGUUUUAAGGCUGCCUCUCAAAAUGCCCAAAAUUAUAUGUUAGAUGAAAAUGUCACUGAGUAUCUUUUAAAUAACACAAAUCUACUAAAACAUUAUUUUGAGAAAGAAUGGGAAGAUGUUGUGUCUUUUCUAGAAAAAGUUCAACAAUCCAAAGUUUCACAGUUAAAGAAAUGUCUUGUUACUGGAGAAAUUGUCAGGCAAUAUCUUUCAUUGCAUAAUGAAGAGUUGACAGACAAGUUCCUCAGCAGUUUAAUAGAAAAGAAAAUCAAAUUACAUUCACGUUUUCAUAACCUGAUAAUAGUUAAAAAUGCAUCCAGUAACAUCAAGAAAAAAUUAUUUAAAAUCAUUCCACCCGAAGACUACGGUGCAUUUAUUCCACCUGUACCAAGGUUGUCAAUAAGUUUUAUGGACCAGCUUAAUGAAUUGAAAACUACCAUGUCACAAAAUGAUGUUGAAGCAAUGAAGUUAAAAUUGAGAGAGCUACAGGUAGUAGGUUUUAAAUUUGACAAAGUACAUUUAGUAAACAUUGUUAGAAAACUCCUUCAGCAUGGGGAUGUUGAGACAGCAUUGAAAUACUUUGAAGAAAUUAAAACUAAAGUUGGAAACAAGUACAGUGCUAAUUUACCUGUGAUGUUUGCUGCAGAAUAUGUUAAAAUGAACAAUCUUCAAGCUGCCUUGGAUAUGAUCAAUUUAGCUGCAGAAGCAGAAAAAGAAACAGACAGUUUUCUGAUUAAUAGUUCAAUAAGAAAUGUGUUAGCUGCAGCACCCACAGCUCAGGAUGCCAGUGAUCUACAUAGUGCCAUUUUGAAAGCUAAAAUAGUCCCAGAGAAAGAACUGCAGAAAGUUCAUCAUGCCUAUGUGAAGAGAUUAAGCAGCCUAGAUGAUGACAAUGAACUAAUUAACCGAUUAAUGAAGCUGCAUGAAUCUUUUCGUGUAUUUCCUGCACUGGAGUAUGUUUUAAUAAGGUUUAUUGAAAAAAAGGAUGUGGAUAGACUUAACAGAAUCAUGGAUUUGGGCAUAAGUGUAUAUGGUAGCAAUUAUUUUCACCACCAACUUGCCAUGUCUUUCCUUCAGUGUGGAUUAGCAAAUAAAGCUGCUUACAUUUUACAGACUCCAGGACUACGUCUAAGCCAGAAAAUACUUGUUGAUAACUGUCAGUAUUUUAUAAAAUCUAAAAAAAUUGAUUGUGUGAGUGCAUUAGUUGAAAUAACAAAAAAUAUGCCAGUCAGUAGAUCUGCAAUGUUGGAACUGUUGAUUGAUGGCUACAUUGCCGUUGGUGACUUGAAGAAAGCCAUUGAUAGCUUACAACUGUUUACUGAAGACAUCAUAGAACCACCAAAACCAUUGUUAAAGCGCUUGAUAGCAGAGCAUAAAAAAUUAAAUGUUAACCUUCCUGAAGUUCUCCAAGCAUAUGACACUAAAAUUAAAAAAACAACCACACCUAAAACUACUCCAAAAUUGAAGUCACCCCUACUAGCACAAAAGCUAGAAGCUCAAGAUGAUCCACAUAGUCCUGAAACACCCAAGUAAAUGUAGCUCAUACAAAACUUCACGAACAGUAUCACUCCUACACAUAAUUGAAUGUUUUGUUUGGUCAUUAUUUUUUGUAUUGUUUGAGUGUCAAAUUAUGUAAAAAUUAAUUUCAUUGUCAACUAAUGCUUUGUGACACUGUCAGUGAAUAGUUUACUUUUUUAAUAUUAAAAUGCUGUGUAAUCGUGUAGAACAAUGGAUGAUUUGUGAUAUCUGAUAUGAUGCGCGAUUUCAUUGGAAAUAAACUUUUCUAUAUCUCGAA